ACUUCACUUUAGCUCCCUCCUGCCGUUGACUGAUUCCUUCUACUGCAUCACCUUCUCCUCACUUUUUAAAAAUUUUCUCACUUUAAAUACUACAACCAUUCCAUUUCCUUCCUCAUCAGUUCACACCAUGGCGUACAGUAGCAAUCUAUGUUAUCCCUACCCUUCCCUAGCUUGGGAUAUCCACAACAUUGGAGUUUUCAACGCAGACAUGUCUAUGGUUAUGGAGUCCACCGAAGCAUUCCUCUCGUCGCCGGCCGAUUUAUCGACUGGGUAUCUACAGGAUGCAUUGGUCGAGUGGAGUGACCGGUUUAAGCGAAGACGGUUGCAGUUUUCCAGCAAUGAUCAAACAAGUUUUGAUUUCGAUCAUCUUCUACAGAGCUACUCCAACUCGAAUUGCACCGAAAACCCACUUAAGAAUUAUAACUGCUUGAGCCAGCAGACCACCGAAAUCAAUGGAGUUUCAGGAGAUGAACUGUUAAACUCUUCAGCAAUGAGCAGCAUCAGCGAUGAAGAAACAAUAGUCUCGGAGAUAAAAACAACCGAAGAGACAAUGUCAGCCCCAGAAACGUUAACACACGGUUCUUCAGGCUCCUCUUGCAAGAACCCACAGAAGCCAAGCUCAUGCACAUAUGACAAAGACAACCUACUGAUCUCAAGAUACCCUUUAUCUUCUUCUGAAGGCCGCUGUCAAAGGAAGAGGAAAGUAAUAACAGGCGUGGCGUACCCAUUUGCACUGGUAAAGCCUGGAGGAGUUGAAGGGGACGUGACGCUGAAUGACAUAAACCAGAGGAUUCUCAUGCCUCCGACUAGGCCUGUCCGGCACCCCGUGGGGGACUUCGCUUGCCGUCCGUGCGUUUCUCCGUCCGGAACCGGUCUCUCCGGGAAGGCCGUCGUUGCACUAACCAGAAUCCACACACAAGGGAGAGGAACAAUCACAAUUAUUAGAACAAGAGGUUGAUGAGUGAUUGCUAAAGCUUAAUUCAUAUAUGGUUGUUAAUUAUGUAUAAUUUUCAUUAAUUAAUUGUGUAUAGAUAUUAUCAUUUAUCUACAUAUGUAAA